AUGCUUCUACAACAGAACUGGAUUUCUUCUCAUUGGGCAUGGCAGAGCCUGGGGAAGUCCUUCCUCUUGUUUGUUUGCUUAAUCUUACAAACAGCUGAUCUGGAAGCCAGGAGAGGUCAUCAGUUUGUGUGGAAAACAGGUCACUGGGGCCGGUGUGUGGGCGACUGCGGCUUGGGGGGCGUUCGGAGCCGGGCCGUCUGGUGCACCCACGCAGAGGGCUGGACGACGUCCCACGCCAGCUGCGACCAGAAGGACAGACCCGACAGCCAGAGGAGGUGCUUUAAAGUCUGCGACUGGCACCUGGAGCUGUUCGAGUGGGAGGUCUCGGCGUGGGGCAGGUGUGGGCUCGUCCCCUUCGCUGCUCACGAUGCCGGAUUUCUGGCAGAGAUUCGUUUUGGCCUCUUCACUACCAAGUUUGCCAUCGAUGGCAAUGGCAGCUGGGGCGUCCUGUCUGUUGUGAAGGAGAGCAGAAGGGUGGUGUGGUUCAGCUUGGGGCUGCACAGUUGCUGUGUCUCCGGGGAGAGAUCAUGGCUGGAGAUGGAGAAGAGCAGCGCCUGCAGGUACAUGGUCACGGGGGACGUGGAGCUGCGUGGUCAGAUUGGCAAAAGCCUGGCCGUGAGCAACUGGAGGCUGGAGAAGACAAAUUUAGAGAGAGUUCACACGGAGUUCAUGCACGGUCUUAAUUUCGGAGACCGCCUCUGCAUGCAGGAUCCUGUCCCUUUGACCUACAAGUCCUGUGUCAUCGCUAAAGACUGCGAAACAUCCGAGUGGUCGGCAUGGAGCUCCUGCUCACGGACCUGCGCCUGGGGAGCUCUCGCCCCGGGCUUCCGGAGUCGGCACCGCAGCGUGCGGAGCGUGCCGAUGGGCGCCGGGAAGCAGUGCCCGGAGCUGGAAGAGAGGGAAGCCUGCAGCACAGGAGGGAAGGAGCUGCAGCAGCCUUGCCCCAGGUUUACCUGGAGGACUUCUGAGUGGAGAGCUUGCCAAGUGUCUCUCCUCCUUGAUCAGCAGGACCCUCACCAUCACGAGCACGUAGACCUUUGUGGAGGUGGCAUACAAACCCGGGAGGUCUACUGCGUCCAAAUCACCAUAGAAAUGGGGACGCACCAUCUGAAGGAAGUGACUAGACCAGUUGAUGGGAAGCUGUGCCAGGGUGCUUUCCAGAUGCCCUGCUUUAGAAUGAGGCAAAGGCAAGUGAUCGUGGAUCCGGUAGGCACCCUGACAGCUUGUCCACAUUUGGUUGAAUCUAUUCCUUGUGAAGACACGGUGUGUUACGAGUGGAUCGUUUCAGAAGGAAUGUGUGUGACCGACCAUGGAAAAUGCGGACCUGGAAACCGCAUCCUGAAAGCUGUAUGCAAGAACAAGAAAGGUGAAGAAGUACCACCUCACCUCUGCUCAGACCUCCCUCGUCCUGAAGUUGUGGCUUGUGAAAUCCCUUGUGCAACGGACUGUGUCAUCAGCGAGUGGUCGCCGUGGUCCCCGUGCUCCCACUCCUGCUCCACUAAAAAUGCUGAGGGCAGCCAAAGCAGGAGUAGGUCCAUCCUGGCCCUUCCAGCCGAGGGUGGAAAAGCCUGUCCCCCGGACCGAGCCUUGCAGGAGCACCGUGCCUGUAAUGAUCACUCGUGCGUGCAUUUCUUCUGGGAGACUUCUCCCUGGAGCCCGUGCUCUGAAGAUGCGCUGGUGACUGCGCUCAAUGCAACCAUGAACUGGAGCGGAGAAGCCACUUGUGGAGUGGGUGUGCAGACAAGGAAAGUCUUCUGCGUGAAGAGCAGUUCUGGCCAGGUCACACCUAAAAGAUGUCCAGAGUCCAUCAGACCCGAGACCGUGCGGCCAUGUCCCCUCCUCUGCAAGAAAGACUGCGUUGUUACGCCGUUCAGCGAGUGGACUCCCUGCCCAACAGCAUGUCAGCCUGGCAAUGCCACUGCAGUUAAGCAGUCCCGGUAUCGGAUUAUCGUUCAGGAUGCUGCCAGUGGGGGACAGGCAUGCCCGGACACCUUGUAUGAGGAAAGAGAAUGUGAAGAUAUUCCCAUCUGUCCGGUGUAUAGGUGGAAGACCCACCGCUGGAGUCCCUGUGUGCUGGUGCCGGAUUCGGUCAGGCAGGCUGUGCCGGGACACAGCGAGGCGUGUGGACACGGUCUGCAGUCAAGGGCUGUAACGUGCCUGUCAGAGCACGAGGACUCUGCCGAUGUCGGUGACUGCAUGCGGUGGGCAGGAGCGAUGCCGGCUCUCGUACAGGAGUGUCUCGUUCCCUGCAAAGACGACUGCACGUUUACCCCCUGGUCUAAAUUUACAGCAUGCUCGCUUGACUGCGAAUCGACCAGAAGUAGGAGACGGUCACUCACAGGGCGAAGCAGAAAGCGAGACAAAUGCCAGGACACAGAAGUUUAUCCUCAAGUUGAAACAGAGCCGUGCCCCUGCGAGGUGUUUACCUCCCAACCCCACGGGAAUUGGUCCGACUGCCUGCUCAGAGGAGGUACGUCGGAGCUGCGGCGGGGAACGCGAGCCCACGGAGACGCCAAGGAGUGUGGCGAGGGUGUACGACUGCGAGCUAUUGCCUGUUACGAUAAGACCGGCAGACUCGUGGAACCAUCUCGCUGUAGCAGUUCAGGUUACAUUGAAGAAUCUUGCACAGUCCCUUGCCCGUUUGAUUGCAAAUUAAGCGAUUGGUCCAGUUGGUCCCCUUGCAGCUCUUCUUGCGGACCAGGGGUGAAAGUCCGAUCCAAGUGGCUUAAGGAGAAGCCUUACAAUGGAGGUCGUCCUUGCCCAAAGCUGGAUCUCAAGAAUCAGGCUCAGGUGCACGAGGCAGUCCCAUGCUACGCCGAGUGCAAUCAGUAUGCUUGGGUAGUAGAACCGUGGUCUCCGUGCAAAAUCAACAGCGAACAAAAUUCCCUCCACUGUGGAGAAGGAAUACAAACGAGGAAAGUCAGGUGUGUGAGCACUGCUGAGGACCACGGAGGGGAGACUGUGCCCAGCGCACUGUGUAAUCAGGCUGAAAUCCCUGAUGUAACGCAGAAGUGUAGCUUGUACUGUCCCAGUGAGUGUGCAGUGUCUGACUGGGGACAGUGGAGCAAAUGUCCGCAGGUGUGUGAUCCGAAUGUGAUGCAAACCCGAACUCGACAAGUGCUGAGGUCUUCUGUCAAUACAAAGCCCUGCCCUGAAAUUUCACAGAAGAAGCCGUGUAUUCUUAACCAAAAUUGCUUCCAGUAUCAGUACAAUCUAACAGGCUGGAGUGGGUGCCAGCUGAGUGCCAACGCGGUGUGCGGGCGCGGGGAGCGGCGGCGUCUGCUGAGCUGCCAGCGCAGUGAUGGGGCCACGGUCAGCACGCGGCUCUGCCAGCGGCUCCACCUGGAGAAGCCCUUGCAGACGAGCAGCCGGUGCAUGGUGGGGUGCGCGGUGGACUGCCGGCUCUCAGCGUGGUCAGCCUGGUCGCAGUGCUCCCAGACAUGUGGUGCUGGCGGCCAGAUGGUGCGCGGGCGCUCGGUGCUCCUGCAGGCAGCGGGCGAGGGCAGACCCUGCCCGGAGCAGCUCACCCAGCACCGGAGCUGCCCGGUGAAGCCCUGCUACAGCUGGCUGCUGGGGCCGUGGUCUCCCUGCCGAUGGAUUGGGGCCGCCGGUCGCGGGUUGGAGGGGUCUCUGGGACUGUUGGAGGGUGGACAGUGUGGAGAUGGACUGCAAGUCCGCAGCCUCACGUGUGUAGUGCAUGAUGCAUCCGUUUCUGCUACAUCCAAACCAGUAGAAAAUGCAUUAUGUGGUGAGCUGCCAUCAAAAGAGAGCGUGCUGCAGUUACCGUGCUCUGUGCCUUGCCCAGGCGACUGCCACCUGACAGAGUGGUCAGAGUGGAGCUCCUGCGAGCUCACCUGCAUCAACGGCAGGAGCUUCGAGACAACAGGGCGCCAGUCUCGAUCCAGGACAUUCGUCGUUCAGUCUCCUGAGAACCAGGAGAGCUGCUCCGGACAAGCGAUGGAAACGCGGCCUUGCUCAGGAGGGACGUGUUAUGACUACCUGUGGAAAACCAGCCUUUGGCGAGACAACGUACGCACGGUGUGGUGUCAGCGCUCAGAUGGAAUAAAUGUCACAGGAGGGUGUGCUCUUCGGAUGAAACCCGCUGAAGUUUGGCACUGCAGCCCGGCGUGCAGAAAGCCGUUCUCCUACUGCACACAGAGAGGAGUCUGCGGUUGUGAGCGAGGAUAUACAGAAAUAAUGAGAUCAAAUGGUUCCCUGGAUUACUGCAUGAAGGUACCAGGUUUAGAAGAUAAGAAAGCUGAUGUUAAGACCAUUGCAGGAAAAAAUAAACCUGUCAACUCAAAAAUGCAUGACAUUUUCAAAGGAUGGUCUAUUCAACCUUUUAAUCCAGAUGGGAAACUGAAGAUGUGGGUAUAUGGAGUAUCGGCUGGCGGGUUCCUCAUCAUAGUUUUCCUGAUUUUUACAUCCUACCUGAUGUGCAAAAAAACAAAGCAGCAUCAAAGCACUCCUCCACAGCAGAAGCCUCUAACCUUAGCCUAUGACGGAGACAUUGAUAUGUAACAUAAAAAAGAAAUCCAAAUUUAGACAUCGACUGCCUUAACUGCUUUCUUUUUUGGGACUCUCAGACUUCUCAGUUUUUUGAGGAAUCUCCUGAUGUGUAAUAUACUGGGCAGAACAGAAGUAUUGCAAGCUUAAACUUUUGCCACCUCUUUAUUAAAAAAAAUGGAGUCAAAGACUUAGAUCUUGUGCAACUUUUCUCAAGAGACCAGAAAAUACAUCUCUUCCUGUUCAGCAAUGGGAAUACAAAAACCCGAGAGAAUCUACAGACAUCAAAAGGAAUUAGUGAAGAAAAAAAUAAAAGGCAUGACAAUCCUGAGGAAAAUGUGACAUUUACUGUAAAUGACAAGUUUGACACAGCAUCAUUAUGCACUAUAUUAGUGCAGGGUUCUUUAUUCUUCACAUAUUUCAACAAUGAGUUUUCUAGUGUUUACAUUUCGUUCAAAGACUUUAAAACCGGAUGAUGUAUUUUGAGAAACGCAAGGAAGAAUGAGUUGAAGUGUCUGAAGUUAUCAGGUUUUUUAAAGUUUCUUCCUUCUUAUCCUGUUUUCUAGUCUGGGAUAUGAUUUUGCUUUAUUUCCACCUACAGGACAGAAUAA